CUCACAUCAGUUAAUUUUUGGGGACCAUCUGAGGUAGACCAUCUGAGAAGUAGGUUGAAGUUUUCCAUUUCUGUGCAUUUGCAACUUACACGAAAGAAGGAUUAAUUUUGUGAAAAAAAUGGUAUGGAAAGUGAAUGACUAUCUGGCCAAGGUGUUCUGGAGGGUUCCAGCGAGGCUUAAUAUUGGGAUUAUGAUUUUUAUGGGAUGCUUCCUCGUGUACCUCCUUCGUGUGAACAUGUCAAUCAGCAUCCUUGCGAUGGUUGAGCCACAAAAUGGUGAAAAACUGCCCAGCUAUGGUGAGAGAUUUCAUUGGGAUGCAGCACAGCAAGGUCUCCUUCUUGGUGCUGACUUCUGGGGCUACAUGAUAUCCGCCAUUCCUGGUGCCUAUCUGGCUGAGCGCAUUGGCGCCAAGGUUGUCAUUGAGUUUGCCUUUGUGAUCAAUGCACUGAUCACAAUUCUGUGCCCUCUGGCUGCACAUCAUGGCUUCAGGAGUAUUUAUGCUGCGAGGAUUGUAAUGAGUUUCCUAGCUGGCCCUCUCUUUCCCUGCUUUCACAACCUCAUCUCGCGUUGGAUACCACCAAAUGAGAAGGGAAAGUACAUGGCGUGCCUACAGGGAGGUACAUUGGGAACAAUAUUUACGUGGCAAAUGAUUGGAUUCCUCGUAGAGGCAAUUGGAUGGCCAUGGGGUGGAUUCUACAUUCCAGCAAUUAUUGCUCUAAUUGGCAUUGGCUUCUGGAUCAUGUUGGUCUAUGAUUCUCCCGAUAAGCAUCCACGAAUUAUGCCAGAGGAAAAAACAUUUAUUGAAUCAUCUCUUGGGGAUGCUUUAUCCAAAAAGAGGAAAGUACCACCAUAUCUGCAAGUGAUAAAAUCGACUCCUUUCUGGGCACUCCUGGUGCUACAUUAUGGUAGCCUGUGGGGACUCUUCUUCCUCCUGGCUGCCACACCUAAAUUUCUCAGUGAAAUUCUCAACUUCCAAAUUGGCAUGACAGGCUUCUAUUCGUCCCUACCCCAUGCUGCUCGUCUAAUUUCCAGCUUUGUCUUUGGCACCAUUGGGGAUGCUGUGGGAAAACAUAAGCUCCUUACUACCACCCAAAUGAGGAAGUUCUUCUGCAUCUUCUCUCAUAUUCUUCCGGGAUUGUGUUUUGUGGGGUUGUGCUUUGUCCGAGAACCCUACACGUGCAUCACAUUGCUGACACUUGCAAUGGCCUUUAGUGGAGCAUCUGUCCUGACCAAUAUGCAGAAUUGCCAGGAUUUAGCACCAAAUUUUGCCGCCAGUAUCUAUGGGAUUCUCAAUUCAAUCAGCACAACAUCGGGCAUUGUUAGCCCACUCAUUCUCUCCUAUUUCACCCAGGAUGAAAAUACUUUUGAGAAUUGGAUUUACGUCUUUCUCAUUGCAUCGAGCAUUUACAUUGGAUCUGCCAUCGUCUUUGCCAUCCUGGGGAGUGGAGAAAUUCAGCCUUGGAAUACCAUUGAGCCAGAAGAACAUGGGAAUGGAGAGAUUGAAAGGAAUACGUAGAGGCAGUGUGUAUUAUUUAUCUGUCCAGUGCAAAAUUGGCAAUUAUCGCAGCUCGAAGGAUUCAAAAUCUCUUCAAAACUAUUUAAUUUUCUCACGUGAAAUGUUUUGUAAAAAAAAAUAUUUCUUUUAUUUUAUCAAAAAGUUUCCUAAUGGAAAUAAAAAGUGUAAAGAUAGAAGCAUCCCACUGGUUGGGAUCAA